GGGCAUCCCGGGCAAGCCCCUGCGUCUCUGCGUCCUGGCCCGCUCCUUUGUGUGCGCUGGUGGCCGCCGGUGCGGGACGCGGGCUGCAGGGCCCGAGCUCAGGGGUCGUCCGGAGGACUCGGCUUCCUCGGGGCCUGCGGGCGGGUCACAGCCCUCCAAGCCCUAGAUGGCCACAAAGGGAGGCCCGAGGUACUUGGCCAGGGUGCGGGGACAGUGUCCGCUAGAAGGAAGGCGAGCCGCAGUCUGCCUAGCUCUGGAGGGGAUGGUGGGAUUCACCCUGCCUGCGGCAGGGGCAUGCAGACACUGACAACCCCGUGGCUCUCUGAGCUUUGACAUCCUCUCACACAUGGCCCUCACCCAGAGAAGUUGGGAGUGCUGCUGUGGGAAUAACUAGGCAGCUGCUGUUUGACAGGUCCUAGCUGUCUUCAGGUUUUGUCUGUAAUCCAGCAUAACCCACCAUGCCUGCUAGCAGUAUGACAAGCCCUCACAUUAAAAUUGACACUCAGGGUACCCUCAUGUUGGAAAAUCCAUGUGGUUUUCUUUGGUCGGAUCAAUUUUAUUUUCUUAGUGGGAUGGAUUUACCCCCAUCCAGGAAGAAAUCUCAAUAAAGAACAAUUUAUCUUUGUUUACAAACCUUGGGUCUUGUCACACCUCGCUGGUUUCAUUGGUAUGCUAUUUUAGUAUAACAAUACUAAAUAGAAGGAAAAUAUCUUCCUUUUGCUUUAGGCAAUAAAAUACUUUCUUUGUUCUAGCACCAGGAAGCCUUUAUGCAUAAUACUUCUUGUGGACAGAACUUGGUGGCUGCUUUUACCCUAUGACAACAAAAACUCCAAAGGAAUUGCAGAGCAUUUACACUUCUCUAUGGAUUGUUUUUAUAUCCCGAAUUCCAGGAAAUCAUUUUGCUGAAUAUGUAUUCAGACAUUCCAGAUGAAAUUGAACCUUAAAAACUGGCCCUACUCUAUGCAUUUAAAGAGUUUGCCCGCAUUUUAACCACCGUGGAUGAGCACUGGAAUAGUCCAUGGAAGAGAAUAGGAUGCAAUGACGGACCCAGCAAUCUGAAAGCAGAAUGCAGAACGUUAUAAUGAGGACAGAAAAGUUGGGUCUGCCUGGGUUUCAGAGGCAAGGACUUUUGCUGGAGUGAAAUGGAGGCCUCGGUGAUCCUGCCCAUCCUGAAGAAAAAGCUGGCCUUUCUUUCAGGAGGAAAGGACAGGCGCAGUGGACUCAUCCUGACCAUUCCGUUAUGCCUGGAACAGACAAAUAUGGAUGAGCUGAGUGUCACUUUGGACUAUCUACUCAGCAUUCCAAGUGAGAAAUGUAAGGCCCGAGGAUUUACCGUGAUCGUGGAUGGCAGGAAGUCUCAGUGGAAUGUGGUGAAGACAGUGGUCUUAAUGCUGCAGAAUGUUGUUCCAGCUGAGGUAUCCCUUGUAUGUGUAGUGAAGCCAGAUGAAUUCUGGGAUAAGAAAGUCACACAUUUUUGUUUUUGGAAAGAAAAGGAUAGACUUGGCUUUGAGGUUAUUUUAGUGUCUGCCAAUAAGCUGACUCGUUACAUAGAGCCAUGCCAGCUGACAGAAGACUUUGGUGGGAGUCUUACCUACGAUCACAUGGACUGGCUAAAUAAGAGGCUGGUCUUUGAGAAGUUUACAAAGGAGUCUACAUCAUUACUGGAUGAGCUGGCUCUGAUUAACAAUGGAAGUGAUAAGGGGAAUGAGCAGGAGAAAGAGAGGUCUGUGGAUUUAAACUUUCUUCCGUCUGUUGAUCCUGAGACAGUCCUUCAGACAGGGCAUGAGUUGUUGUCUGAAUUACAGCAGCGUCGGUUUAACGGCUCUGACGGAGGGGUCUCGUGGUCUCCUAUGGACGACGAGCUGCUUGCGCAGCCACAGGUUAUGAAGCUGUUGGACUCCCUCCGGGAGCAGUACACGCGCUACCAGGAAGUCUGCAGGCAGCGCAGUAAGCGCACGCAGUUAGAGGAGAUCCAGCAGAAGGUGAUGCAGGUUGUGAACUGGCUUGAAGGGCCUGGAUCUGAACAGCUGAGAGCGCAGUGGGGGAUUGGUGACUCCAUCAGGGCUUCCCAGGCCCUGCAACAAAAGCAUGAGGAGAUCGAAAGCCAGCACAGUGAGUGGUUUGCAGUGUAUGUGGAGCUUAACCAGCAGAUUGCAGCACUCUUGAACGCUGGGGACGAGGAAGAUCUCGUGGAGUUGAAGUCUCUGCAGCAACAGCUUAGCGAUGUUUGCUACCGACAGGCCAGUCAGCUAGAGUUCAGGCAAAAUCUCCUACAGGCAGCUUUGGAAUUUCAUGGUGUGGCCCAAGAUUUAUCUCAGCAGCUGGAUGGCUUAUUAGGUAUGUUGUGCGUAGACGUAGCACCAGCUGAUGGAGCAUCGAUUCAGCAAACUUUAAAACUGCUUGAAGAGAAGCUGAAAAGUGUUGAUGUGGGAUUGCAAGGCUUACGAGAAAAAGGUCAAGGUCUCCUGGAUCAGAUCUCCAAUCAGGCUUCCUGGGCCUACGGAAAGGAUGUAACUAUUGAAAAUAAAGAAAACGUGGACCACAUACAAGGAGUGAUGGAAGAUAUGCAGCUGAGAAAACAAAGAUGUGAGGACAUGGUAGACGUGCGGAGGCUGAAGAUGCUUCAGAUGGUGCAGUUGUUUAAAUGUGAAGAAGAUGCUUCCCAGGCAGUAGAGUGGUUAAGUGAACUUCUGGAUGCCCUGCUGAAGACCCACAUCAGAUUGGGCGAUGAUGCUCAGGAAACGAAGGUGUUACUGGAAAAACAUCGAAAAUUCGUUGAUGUUGCACAGAGUACUUACGACUAUGGCAGACAGCUGCUGCAGGCCACGGUCGUUCUCUGCCAGUCUUUGCGCUGUACUUCCCGGUCCUCAGGGGACACACUUCCUCGACUGAACAGAGUGUGGAAGCAGUUCACAGUAGCGUCUGAAGAGAGGGUGCAUAGGUUGGAAAUGGCUAUUGCCUUUCACUCAAAUGCUGAAAAGAUUUUGCAAGACUGUCCAGAAGAGCCUGAAGCAAUUAAUGAUGAGGAGCAGUUUGAGGAAAUUGAAGCCGUUGGGAAAUCACUUUUGGAUAGACUCACUGUCCCGGUGGUUUACCCCGAUGGAACUGAACAAUAUUUUGGGAGUCCAAGUGACAUGGCUUCUACUGCAGAACACAUCAGAGACAGAAUGAAACUGGUCAGUCUCAAAAGGCAGCAGCUGAGACAUCCCGAAAUGGUGACCUCAGAAAGCUAAUGUCCCCAGCUCCCACAGAUCUGCAGGUCAUAUGCCCACACAUCUUUGCUGUUGGCAUACUGCUGUGUUAGCCACAGCUCACUAAGAUGAAUUUCCCAGCAGGAUAAGCCUCCUUUCUUCCCACAACACGUCUCUAAAUGCUAACACCUCUCAGCUACCGAGGCAUAAUCACGUAACAUGCUUUGAUGCUAUAGACUCCAGGUAUCUUAGAAGAAGGAACUGUAAACACUGCGCUGAGUCCAUGCUUUCACACUUGACCUGACUUGUCAGUUUGUAGAUGAACAACUGAUAAUAAGCUUCUGAAUGGUGCUAAUCGGAGUUUAGGAAUUCUCUGUAAAAACAUGAUUGCCCUUCCUCCCCAGGUGAUGUAGAAUAUUUAGACCAUAGUUAGACUGUUAGUGGAUAGUGGUGUCCUCAAAAUUUUACUUUAUAAUUCUUCAAAUUUGAUUAUUUUUUAUUGUCUAUAUGAAGAAAACCCUUCAGAUCUUUGAUAUAUCAUAUUAAUUGAAAGACAUUUUCCUAUUGUAUUCAUAAUGUAUUAAAAGUUGUCUGUGCUUAAUAAAAGUCUUCUCUAAUUUGCUAGUUACAUCCUAAUUCUAAACACGAGUGCCUUACUAAAAGGGCAUUCUUAGGGUUGUGAGGAUGGGCUAAUCAUUUUGUUUUAAUGGUGGCUGCAUGUAUUUUAGGCAGGAAUUUCAUAUGUAUGCAUGUGUAUAUAAUAAAAAAUAAGCAUGUUUAUUGUGAAAAAAUUAGACCUUUAAGAACAUAAUAAUAGAAGACUAUUUUUAAUUUUUCUCUUAAAAAAUGCUGUCCAAAUUGUUAACUACCCUAAAGAUGCCUGUCUUUGGGGAAGGAGGGCUGAGGACGAAGGUAUGCUUAACUAUUUCAAUGUAAUCUUUUAUAUCACAGUAAUUACUCUGGAACUAAAGCAGAAAUUGUUAAUAAUAUUUAAUAUCUCAUGAUACUAGAGUCAAAAAUCAUCCUGAAGAAGUCUAGUCACAAAAACUGUACAGAUCUUUAGAAAUAAAAUUUGUCAUAAAAUGGUAAUGCUUUUAUGUUUGUAUUAAGUUAUAAAAUGUAUAUAAUUUAACAUUGUUAAUUUUUAUUUUAGAAGAUUUUUUUAAGGUGAAAAAAACAACUGGAUUUAUGAUUAGUACAGAAUUAUGCAAAGAAUUGUAUGCUGGUUUAUUUUUGCGGUCUGUAGAGAUGCUCACAUACCCUCCUAUGCUAAAGCCAGUUUUCUCCAGCCUCUUCUUCUCUGCCAGCCUUGAAGUCCAUGUUCCUUGCCCAUCCCUCCUCAUCACUCCUUCUGCAGAACCUUUCAGUAUCUAUUACACCUCACUCUGCAGGAAGCUGUUCUUCUGAAAAUCAACCUUAGUCUUCCAGUUACCAAAUUGAAUGUUUGUGCUCUCUGUUACUUCACCCCCCUUUCUCUCCAUUUCUAGCCUCUCCCCCAAAUCUGUUUCUUAAAGAUGAUAUCUUCUGCUGUAUCUGAGCGUAGUUCUAAACUCAUUUAAAACAGGUCUGUUGUACAUGCGCACUCUGCUGCUGUCCUCAGCUCUGGGUCAUUAGGCACCCCAUCCCCAUCCUGCAUUACAUGUCUGAUCUAAAAUGCACAGCUUUCAGCUGCCUCCCUGCCCUUUCCACCUAAAUGAAGGACAUGUCGUACUUGCCUUUUCUUCCUGGAGUAGUUUUGAUUAACGGUGCCACAAUGUCCAGGGAAAAACUCAACUGCUCCCCCUGUCUCACACUGCCACUGCCUCUGAGACCAUCCAGAAGUUCUUUCUAUACUUGAUAACCCUCCUUCAGGGCUUGCCUCCUGUGAGGAAGGAGCUCCUGUGACUCUCCAGUCUUUAUGACGGUGCUAACCCUUUCCUGUUUUCAUAAAGUCCUUCAUGGGGCUGACUGUUGCCCCACAUGUCUUGUGCCUAGACUCUUCCUGAGUGUCACAUGCUCAGUCCUCCACCUGUGUCCCCUUGUAAGCAUUAGACAUAAUCCCCUGUGCUCUGGGGUGUAUUUAAACAGUGUCAUGUUCUAGAGUUAGGACUGACUUGUAAAUCUGCUUCUGUGGAAUGUGUAUGAUGUUAGAUCCUUAGACAUGUAACUUUUAGAUGUUUGUUUCUUAUAUUCAGUAUCUGUUUCUUUUCCUGAGUUUCAGAGUCAUCAGUGUUUUAUUAUGACUUUGUAAUUAUACCAUCAGCUCAUGGAUGCAUAAUUCCAAAUGAGUUAAUUUUCAUACACCUUAAGCUCUCUUUCCUGCAAAAAAGUAAAGUAAGACAAAAUAUGGGAAUGCCGUGUGUGAUUUGAAUAAUCAUAUACAACUAGAUAUACAGGGUGAGCACCGUCACUCUUCAUUGGCACUUGUGCUGCCCCUUUCUGUGUGUGUGUGUCUUUGUAGACACACAAGAGUUAGGAAUUAAGAACCCAGCAAUGCCCCAGACCGACUUUCCCAACAGGUCACAGUUCUCUUAGAGGACACACGAAGGAUGUGGUUUCAGUUUGUCUGAAAUCUCAGGCCUUUGUUAUGUUGAUACUAACAUCAACCUACAAGUGUAAUUAAAAAGAAGUGCUUCUUUCUUACUGGUUCAGGGCCAUAGCCCGUGCAUUACUUUAGUCUCUCCUAGGGAUUGACUGGCGCUAGCUGGGCAACCUUUGUUAGGUUGUGUCUGUUUGCCUUGUCUUCUUUCUUUCUUUCUUGUUUGUUUUUUGCUUGUGUCUUUGUUCCUGUGCAAACUCAGGAGACAGUGGCAGUUGGAUGUCUUCUCUUCGUGCAUGUCUGACUCAGCAGAGCUGUGAUACAAAGAUGACAGCUUCCUUUCGAUCAGUUUGGCCUCGUUCCCAGUUCUCGUUGCUUUGACCCUGUUUUACAAGGGUGAUUCAUUAGGGAUACUGGGGAAACUGCUCGGCCUGCUCACUGGGAUUCAGUACUGCAGAGUUGAGUGGAUCUCUUACUUUACUGGGAUUUAAAUCGGCUUGUGAACGUUACCUGCUCUCAAUAUGCUUGUCACGUCAUUACUUUCAGCUGAUGUGUGGUGUGCUGUUAGUAUUGUUACUGUCAUCUUCUCAUUGAGAACAUGUCAAGUUACUUUUUUGGUAGUGCUAAGCAAAUCUUAUUCUCUCAUCUAAACCCCUUUGCAUGCAGUGGUAUGAUUGUUAGGUUGGGUGACUGUGUCCACUGCACAGUAUACAUUGGUAGAGAUCAUUCAGUGUUCUUUUAUAUGCUAUAUAAUUUUCCAGAAGAGAUUUGGUAUUCUUGUGUAUGUCUCACAUCCUACUGAGUCAUAAGAAAAACAUGAUGGCUACUAAAACCUAAAGCUACUGUAGCUGGUGUAAUUCUGUAGAUCUUGAGUCUGUAUAGAAGGGACAGGCAGAAAUAAGCAUCAGUAAAUAGACUAUCAUCCACUUAAGCAUCCAAAGACAAAGCUCUCUAGGAUUUGAAAAGAUGUGUGAAGAUAGCCAAAACAGUUAACUGAAUUAGCAAACUUAUCAGUGUCAACUUUCAGUUCUAGAAGAGUCUCGAUUGAGAGCAGAAAGUAUUUUCUGAUAUGUAGCCAACAAGUAUCUUGGUGAAACAAAAUGAAUAGCAUUUGACGUUCCUUGACUUCUCAGAAUCAAUAUAUGUCAGUGAAUAUCCCUGAGACUAUAAAAUAUGAAGUGCACAAUUCAUCAAUUCCAGUAAUGAAAUAUAAUAAUCUACAGAAGUAUUGAAAACUGAAGGGGCAUGUACACUGGAAGGCAUCAUUGCUAUAAUCCUGCAGAGUAGAAAAUAGUGUUCCUUAAUCUUGCCCUGUCUUAAGUGACAUUCAUGGAGUGGUGGAGAGGACACACUGUUUAUUCCUUCUGCUGCAUGCUUCUCUCACCUCUGCCCACUUCACCCCUGCCCUCUUCAUCACUACCCCAUCUCACCAGUGGAUAAGGAAAUGUGCAUUUAGAUUACAUGCCUGAAGUAUCGAGGGUGGGGCUGGUGCCCUCCUCAGUAGAAUGAAGCCUUAAAGCUGACAGACUCUGCUGUGGGAAGAUAAAACAUUAAGAUGGAGGACACGACACAAGUAUCAUCUAUGUUGCGUCUGACAGGGCAUGAGACAACGCCAUUAACUCCACUAAUUAACACAAGCCAAAGAAAGUCACGGUUGGAGUGUAUUAAGAAGGAAACAUGCUAUAAAACCAAGAGUGUAAAUCUGAGGCUAUUUGUAGAAUCUCCCAAAACUGAGGUAGACAUGGCUUGAGACCACCAUUAGUGCUGGUCUUGGGUAGAGAAGAGGCAAUUUGACAGACUUAGUCAGUGAUGAUAAUGGGGAAUGACCAGUCCUGUAAUAGAGGCUUAGAAAUGAGGGUGUGCCAUGACGGCGCCAGUCUGUGGAUGUGAUGCACAGUGUGACUUAAUGCCCCUGCAGUAGUUUAAAGCAAACCUAAGACUUGAGAAUAAACGCUAGUCUGUGCACUUCAGGACACAGCAGAACCUGUGCUCGGACAUGAAGAUCAAGAGCACAGGAAAGCCAGCGCUGAAACUAAAUAUUAUGAAAGCUGGUGAGUAAAUAUUUCAAAGAAUCAAGAUUAUUUUUGGGAGAGCUCUUUAUGAGGCAAGAUACAGUAUAUAAUUCCUAUAUGUCAUGAUACAGGAAUUCUAAACAUAUGGCUAAAAAUAGUUACUGUCAGGCAUCUGGAGCAGAGCUGUGAAGGGUUUCAAGUAGGACCUGUGGAACACCAUUUCUGAUGGGGCCAUGUGCUCUGAGGCUAGUUCCCAGCAAUCUUGGGGCCGAGUCCUUAGAGGGACCAGAGAGUUCGGCCUCUGGAGGAUGAAGAUGCCUGUCCUCUGAAGCCUCCUCACGCCUAUGUGCUUUAUUUUCCUGACUGAUGUAGUUGAUAAGAUGGAGCACAAACCAUUCUUACGGUUGUUUUUUCUCUGAAGAGUGUCUUCCUCUUAGCUCAGGUGGUAGUCUUCAGCCAGGCAAGUUGCUCUGAGUAUUACAUGAGGGUAGAUAUAGUUCUCCAAAAAUGUGAGAGGAUCCAAAUAUUACUCGGGCGGUUUUGAACCAGAGUAGAUUUGGGAGCUGAUUGCUCACCUCAUACUCUGAAGAGAAGCUUAAUUUUCUAAAUUGGCACAUAGAAGUAUUUGUUGAUAAUAUUUUUGUACGGGCAUUUUUUGGGGGAGGGGGUAAAUGUCAAACCUUCUGUUUCCCCAAGUUUUACUCUAAAACUGUUAAGUCUAUAAAAUUUUAAACAAUGUCAUAGUAUCCUCACCACCUGGGCCUUAGUUACACUUGCUUUGUCAUGUGUCCAUCCGUCUGUCCAGCCAUCCAGAUUAAUUUUUGAGGCAUCUAAAAUUGCAAACCUCUAUAUGCUUCCAGCUAAAUACUUCAGCAUACCCCUCACUAGCAAGGGUUCCAGACUUGCUUAUAGCUUUCUUUUGGUAUAAAAUUUACAUGCACAGAACAUUCACAUGCACUGUAUUUUCAUAAAUCCAUGGAGUACUAUAUAGAGGAAAACCUGCCAUUCUAGAAAGCUGUCAAAUGGCCCUUUUCAUCAAUCACUGACCCCCACAUGACAAGCACUGCUCUUUUUCCUACUAUAAGUUAGACUGUUCUGUUUUAGAACUUAUCGUUAUUAGCUUCAGACAUCAAUCACUCUCUUUGACAAGGCUUCUUCACUACCGUUAUAUUUGGGAGAUUUUUCCGUGGGGUUGGUAUAUUACUAAUUCACCCCUAUUUUAUUGCCGAGUAUUGUGUCCCCAUUUAUAUUACCACUUGUUUUUCUUAUUGGCUAACUGGGCUGUGUGCAGGAGCAGCAAUUAUGAACAAAGCUGUAGUGAUCAUUCUUAUGUACAUCUGUGUGAAUAUAGUCAUUUGUCUGCUCAUGGGUAAAUACUUAAAAUUGCUGGCUCAUAGGGGUGUUUUU